UUGUAUUGUUCUCUCUCUGCUUUAAUACCUUUUCUUUCUCUAACAUUCGAUCUUCUGUUUAGUCCUUUUCAAGAUUCCUUUCGUUGUUUCUUGGCAAAGAUAAGGAUCUUAAACCAGAGACUUGACUUCAUAACUUACAUAUUCUUUGAAACUCUCUUGCUCAUCGCUGCCCCUUAUCUAAAGUUCCAACAUGGGUUCAAUCCAAAACACAGUUCACUACUGUUGUGUCUCAAGAGACAAUCAGAUUAUGUACGCUUACAACAAUGCCGGAGACCACCGCAACAACGAGAGUCUUGCAGCGUUAUGCUUGGAAAAGACUCCACCUUUUCACAAGUGGUACUUCGAAACGAGGGGUAAGAAGACUUUUGGAUUCUUGAUGAAAGAUGACUUCGUUUAUUUCGCCAUUGUUGAUGAUGUUUUCAAGAAAUCUAGCGUUCUUGAUUUUCUUGAAAAACUGAGAGAUGAGUUAAAAGAAGCUAAUAAGAAGAAUUCUAGAGGAAGUUUCUCUGGUAGUAUCAGUUUUAGCAAUGUUCAAGACCAAAUUGUCCGAAGACUCAUAGCUUCAUUAGAGUUUGAUCACACUUGUCUUCCAUUAUCAUCACCUUCCAUUGAUGGUGCUGAACAAAGCUACGCAUCUAACUCCAAAGCUCCUCUUUUAGGAAGAUCCAACAAGCAAGAUAAGAAGAAAGGGAGAGAUCAUGCGCACUCACUAAGAGGUAUUGAGAUAGAGGAACACCGAAAAUCAAAUGAUAGAGGAAACGUAACAGAAUGUUCUAAUGCUUCAUCUGAAUCAGCAACGUAUGUUCCAAGAAGGGGACGAUCUGGUGGCUCUCAGAGCAUUGAGAGGAAGUGGCGGCGUCAAGUGAAGAUUGUUCUUGCCAUUGAUAUAGCUAUUUGCUUAACGCUGCUUGGUGUUUGGUUGGCUAUUUGUCAUGGCAUUGAGUGUACACGUUCUUGAUCUAUUUAUUCUUCCAUAUGCAUUUUCCUCUUCUGCAGUUAUGUUGUAGAGAUUGCAGUUUGAAAUAUUCUGCAGCAUUGUUGAUUGUAUAUUAGGUAUAGGUCUCAAGUUCCUACGUUGGUUUGUGUAUAAUAUGAUGAUUUUGUUCUUAUAGUUGUACAUAAAAACCAGUCUGUUGCUGAAUGAUUGUAGUAAGGCCUCUUGGCAUCAAGAUAAUGAAAGUAGGGAUUCAUAU